GUCGUCAUUGACUGUUACAUUCCUGGUUAUAUGUUCGCUUCAUUAAAAGGGGUUUCUUAUCUAAGUCUAAUACAUUGUAUAUCUUUUAAGGAAACGACUUUGUCGUGGUGAUGAUACUGGUGAGUGCUUGUAAACCACGGGCAUGCGCAGAAGGGAGGUGCAGGUGUUAAAAUCCCGCCUGACUCCAAACCUGCCAAUCUUGAUCUUGAUCCUUUCGAAUCGUCGGAAGAUCCUCGCUCCCCCCCCUUCUAACUCUCCGAAUCAUUUGCCUAAGGUACGUAAUGAUGUCCGUUCUACAUUGCUUGCGACUGUUAUGAGGGUGGAGACUCGUGCAAUGACGGAACAAUCUGAAGAACGUAAGCCUCUGAAGUGUCCCGCAGUGUCGCAACUUGAUAUCGGUAAACGUGACGUCAUUAAUGCUCAGAAUACAUGCCCUACAUUAAAGUCAAUUAGGGAAAAGGUAAAGACAGGGAAAAUAGACAAUGUUAAGAAUAGGGCAGUGAAAUAUGAAAUAAUUAAUGGGUUAAUCUAUAGAAUUUGCUUAGAAGUAAAUUCGAUCAUGAAAAGGGUAGAAAGCAACUGAUUGUUCCUGAGAUUUAUAAAAGUAAAAUAUUAAAUCUUGCUCAUGAUUCUUUAACAGCUGGCCACUUUUCACACAGGAAAACUAGCCAUAAGAUAUUCC